AUCGCGGGCUCUAGACAGAGGUCAGUCACUGAACGAUCACGAGCAGAGGAGGCGGAAUUUUAUACAUUUCACACAAAUUCUCACGGUUUUGUGCAGCACAUUUGUUUAAUGAAAGUUGCCUGUUGUAUUUAACUCCGGUCAUCACAAUGUCAGAGGAAGACAGGAUGCGAAAUGAAAUUGCCAGGAUGCAGAUGCGCGGUGAUGAAAUGACAGAUGAGUCAUUGGAAAGCACACGGCGCAUGUUGCGUAUGGCUGAAGAGAGCCAGGACACAGGGAUCAAGACUAUGGUCAUGAUAGAUGAACAGGGGGAGCAACUGGAUCGAGUGGAAGAAGGUUUAGACCAGAUCAAUGCGGACAUGAAAGAAGCUGAAAGAAACCUAACUGGAAUGGAAAAGUGUUGCGGUCUUUGUGUUUGUCCUUGGAAAAAGAGUAAAAGAUAUGAGAAGAGUGACACUUACAAGAAAGCCUUCAAAAACAAUCAUAAUGAAGAUGGUGUUGUGUCCUCACAGCCAGUGAGGUAUGGACAGGGGAGUUCUACAGAUGGUUCUGGGCCUUCAGGCGGCUAUAUACAGAGAAUAACAAAUGAUGACAGAGAAGAUGAAAUGGAUGAAAAUCUAGGGCAAGUUUCAAACAUCAUUGGUAACCUGAAGUCCAUGGCAGUGGAUAUGGGACAAGAGUUGGAGACACAGAACAGGCAGCUGGACAGAAUAAAUGCCAAGGCUGAAUCAAAUGACACCAGAAUCCAUGUAGCCAACAAAAGAGCUCGAGACAUCCUUAGAAAUGCCUAGAUUCCCAGGCGUUUGUUUCUUUGCGACAAGCUAUUUAGCAACUCUCUGGCUAAAGCAUUAUUACCAUCAUAUGUAAAUAUACGAGCCCAGUCCCAAAGCUAGGAGUUUGAGUGGUAGGUCAUUUGGUCAUUUAGCAAACCGUUUUAUUCCCUAACUCCGAACUGUCAAUUUGCUUUUAUUUGAUUGGACAUUCUAGUCAAGUGGUUCUUCUGUGAUUGGACUGCUUUACAUCCACGCAUGUAAUCAUUUCCCUUCAGAGCUCCAUAUCUUUAGAAUUUGCAGAUUUUUCUCACAUUUACCAUGAUUCUGUACUUCUAAGCUUAAAAAAUGGGAAUUAGAAAUAAGAAUACAGGAAUACAACAAAUUUAGAUAUCUGGCUUAACAUUAUUCCAGUGUUUUUUAAGAAAUAUUGUUAUGCCCCAAUACCAAUCUCGUGUUUCUAUCUCUUUCCAUCUUCUUCAGCUUUUUAAUACUUGUAAAUGGUACUAGUGCCAGUGAUGCUGGCAGCCCCCAUACAAAUAUUGAGAGAGCCAAUGUCCUCCUCACCCCAACAAGGAAAUGGCUGUUCAUAAAAUCGAAGAGAAUAAAGCAAAACUGAUGGUUUCAAAAUCACGCCUUUAAAACAAUUGCUGUCGAAACUUUUAAAAUUUAAAAUAUAUAUAAUAAUUAACGGUGUAAGGAAAACAUCAGAUUUACUUACUACUGUUGCAUGGUUGAUUUUUUUAUUUUAGAUUAAAGAGAAAUUAUUCUUU